AUGGAUGAUUUUGAAGUAGCAAAUCAAUUUACAACCAUUUUAAAAAAUUUAACACCUCAUAUUCAACUGUUAACAAAAGCAAGUUAUUUUGCUUUAAAAAAUUCAGAUAAAGAAGAUUAUAUAAUACCAUCAAUAAUAACUGUGUUGGAAGAUUCCAAGAUAGAUUUAAAUUUAAAAUCUUUUAUUUUCCAAUUUAUUGAAAUUUUAAUUAUAGAAAGUUUUAAUAAUUUAAAAUUAAAUGGUGCUUAUAUUCAUAGUUUGAAAUUAAAUUUACCAAAGAUAAUAAAUUUGGUUUGUCCAGUUAAUAAUUUAACAAAUUUAAAUUCAAUUUUUAAUGGGUUAUGUAAUAUACUGAAAUAUUAUAAAUUUAAUUAUGAAGACUACAAAGAUAAAUUUAAUAAUUGUUGGUUAAUUGAUGAAAAUGAUAUCAUGAUAAAUGAAGAUGAAGAUUCUUUAAAUAUUGCAUGGAAAAUUAUAUUACAAAGGAAAAGAAAACUGCAAAUUGAUGGAAUUGAAUUAGAGAAAAAACCUGCAAUUGAUGAAGAUAUAGAAGUAGAUCAAUUAUUCAAUAUACGAAAUAAAAAUGAGAGUAGUAGUGGCGAUAAUCACCUCACAAAAAAGCAAAUUCUUUCAAGAAUGGAAGAUGAAAGAGAAACUCAUAAAAGAUUAAAAGAAAAUCUUUGGUGUGUUAAUAGAGAUAAAUCAAAUAAAAAUUUUAUAACAGAAGAUGAAUUUUUAAAUUAUUAUUGGAAUAAAACAAAUGAAAUUACAAAAAAUGAUGAAAAAUUGGAAUUUUUAAAUAAUUUAAAAGAAAUUAAUGAUAUGGUAUUGUUGAGUUAUAAAGAUAAACAAAUAUAG